AUGAGCAAGAACGACAAGCUCAACGGAGGCGGAGCGGGCCAGGUCGCGGCCCACGGGCUCGACUUUGAGGACGCCCUCCCGCCCGUCCUCAACAACCAGUUCCCGCACGACGACGACCCCGACACCAUCCCCACUGCCGAGGAGCUCGAGACGCUGCGCAAGGUCGCUGCGCCGAUGCCCUUCAUCGCCAUCCUCCUCUGUGUCGUCGAGUUCGCCGAACGCGCCUCGUACUACGGCUGCUCGUCUGUCUUCUUCAACUUUGUCAACAACCCCCUCCCCAAGGGCGGUAACGGCGCCGGAGCCGUCGCGCCCCUGCCCGCCGGCAAGAACCAGUCGGCCGGCGCGCUCGGCUGGGGCCUCGUGGCGUCCAACGGUGUCACCUCGACUUUCUCUUUCCUCGCCUAUGUCAUCCCCAUCCUCGGCGGCAUCCUCGCCGACACCAAGCUGGGCCGCUUCAAGGCCAUCUGGAUCGGCACCAUCAUCGGCUUCUUCGCGCACGUGUUCCUCGUCAUCCCCGCCAUCCCCGCCGUCAUCAAGCACAAGGAGGGCGCCCUCGCGGCCUUCAUCAUCUCGAUGCUCAUCCUCGCGUUCGCGGCCGGCUUCAUCAAGCCCUCGCUGUCGGUUCUGCUCGCCGACCAGAACCCCAUCAAGCGCCCCACCAUCAAGGUGCUCAAGUCGGGCGAGCGCGUCAUCGUCGACCCGGCAAUCACGAUCCAGCGCUGGCUGCUGUGGUUCUACCUCUGCAUCAACAUUGGCGGCUUUUUCGCCCUCGCGACGACCUACUGCUCGCGUUUCGUCGGCUUCUGGCUCGCCUUCUUCAUCCCCGGCGUGGUGUAUCUGUUUAUGCCACUUUUGCUGUUGUGGCUCGGCCCAAGGCUCUACAAGGCCCCUCCCAAGGGCUCGGUCGUCGUCGAGGCCUUUGCCGUCCUCAAAUUCGCGCUCGCUAACGGCGGCUGGAAGUCGCUCUUCAAAAAGGCCGACCCCGACGCCCAGACCAUUUGGGACCGCGCCAAGCCCUCAUGGGUCAACGUCCACGAGCCCGAGCGCCGCCACCUCAUCGUCUGGGACGACAUCUUCGUCGACGAGAUCAAGCAGUCUAUCCAGGCGUGCGCUGUGUUCAUGCUUAUCCCCAUUUUCAACCUCGCAGACGGCGGUAUCGCGAACCAGAAGAGCGCCAUGUCGACGGCCAUGAUCCUCAACAACGUCCCGAACGACCUCCUGGCCCGUUUCAACCCCCUCUCCAUCAUUGUCUUCUCCCCCAUCCUCAACUACGGCCUGUACCCCUUCUUCCGCAAGAUUGGACGCCCAAUCCAGCCUAUGACGCGUCUGUCGAUCGGUUUCCUCCUCGCGGCGGCAGGUGCCACAUUCGGCGCCGUCGUCCAGGACCGGGUGUACAAGACGUCCCCAUGCGGCAACCACGCGUCGGGGUGCAAGCUUGGCGUGUCGGCCGUCAGCCUGUGGUGGCAGUUCCCCAUGACGGUGCUCCCUGCCAUCGGUGAGCUGUUCGUAAACGUCACGGCGUACGAGGUGGCAUACACCAACGCCCCCGCCCGCAUGAAGGGCUUCGUGCUUGCCAUCUUCCUCUUCGCGACCUCCAUCUCGAGCGCCAUCUCCCUCGCCCUCUCCAAGGUCAUCGUCGACCCCCACCUCAUGUGGCCGUGGGUCGCACUCGCCAUCGCGUCGUUCCUCGCCGCCGGCGUCUUCCCCACCUACUUCCGCCACCUCAACACCCCGCCCCCCAGCUUCUCCGACGUCGCCCGCCAGAAGGGCGAGGACAACGACUCGGACUUUGAGCACCCCAGGCGCCAGGCCUCCAACGAGGAGAAGAAGUAG